UUAAAUGUCAUUAUUUCUCCGUGUUCCUGGCAGACAAUUAGUGCCACUGCCUGCUCUCAUUGAUAUUCCAGCAGUGCCUCAGAUCACUCACUUCACAUCUCUUUUUUUUAUUUAUUUCUUUAUUUUUGUUUAAUAAUUUUGUUCCAUUCUGACAUCCUAGGGAGGAGCUGCCAGUCCCCAGCACCAGAGGAGGAGGCAGAGUCUGGAAAAUCCAUUCCCAAGAGCUCAGCCUUUCCUCAGCAAGCUGAGAGUCUCUCUAGAGUAUGUACAGAAAUCCAGGGAGCUGCUUGUCCAUGGAAAAGUUUAGCCUGAGCUGAUCUGAGUAACAAUUCCCCUCCUCAUUCCUCCUUCUUUUUCGUUAUUUUGUUUUAUGAACCACCAAGGUAAUGCAAGGAGCAGGAGGUGGGUUGAAAGUCAGGGAAUAAUUAAAUAGAAUUUCAGAAUUUCUGUGGUUUUUAUUGGCUGAAAUGUGUAUUUUUUAUUAAUAGAGAGGGGGAUCAUCUCAGGUGAUGAUGUCUUUCACAGGGACAUUCAAGGGAAUUGCAUUGUUCCCUUAAUUCACCUCCUGAUGGGACUGAAGAAUUCUUCACUCCUGAUUAUUUCCUUCCUCCUGCUCUUGAGGGAAGGUCAGAACCAGAGACCUCAGAUGCUGAGGGCAGAGCUGAAGAUGUUUGUGCAGGAUUUUUACAGAAAUCACCUGCAGAUGCAGCAAUUCAGGCUCCAGGAGGAAAAAUGCUUUUCUGCAGCACAGCACCACAGAGCAGUGGCAGAAACAAGCUGGGAGUGAAUCAGCUGAGCCAAAUGCCUGGAGCCAGUGUGGAUGCAGCACAAGAAGCGAUGCUGUGGGAGCCACAGGAAGAAUGCCAAGAAAAAGAUGUAUCAGUGGCAGAUAUUCAGGAUUUGUCCAGCAUCCCCUGUGAGCAGAACUUCCAGAGGGGUGUGGAGUGUAGGACGCCUCGGCCGAGCCACGCUCCCACCAGUGUCAGCACCCCCCUGGGCUCAGACGAAAAAUUUCCAUUAGCCUUUGAGAAAUACAAACAGUGCCGUGAAUUUUCUUCAGAUUCUUCCUUUUGUGGCUCUCAAGAGACCUCCUCCACACUGUUCAAGACUUUCACCACAGCCUGGGAAGGGGAGAGGAGCAUGGAAAUUCCAGUGGUGGCUCCAAGAAUUUGCCCAUUUGGACCGAAAGAGCCUGUUGGGUUGCCACCAGUUGCUUCAUCCCUGAGGAACACCAGGCAGGCACCUGCACUCUCAGAGGCAUCUCCCCCCUCCAGUGAUGAGCUGCCUCCACCAGCCCAAGAGCUGCUGGAUGAAAUUGGGCUCACUCCAGUCUGGAUGAUGUUUUGGAAAGAAUGCUCCAUGCAGUUCCUGGAGAUGAGGAGAUCCAAGAAGAGCCUCAGGGACACACUCUUGGAUGACAUCAAGGAUCAGAAAUCCCACCCCCAGCAGCAGCUGGCUCGAGCUCCACCCUUCAGGAAAAUUGUUUUGGAUGAGAGCUCUCUCCAUGAUUAAAACACAAGAGUGAAUAAAUUCUACACAUCACCUGCUUGCUGCUGCUUGCACAGUGUUUAGUGUGUGAAUUACAGCCCUUUUUGGCCACAUAAACACCUGUAAAGCUCAGAUUUCCUUGAACAGCAGCAGCAAGUUCAGAAGGAAACCCAGUGCUCUGUGUUCUGAAAUGUUUUGUACUGGUUUGAUGCCAUUGUUGCGUGCCCAGGCAGUGUCAAUGUGCAGAAGUGAGCUGCUUUUUUUUUUUUUUUUACUGUCACAUCCUUAUGAAACUGCUUUUUAUUCUGCAUGUGCACAUUUUCAUAAGCUAGAGAAUUCCUUGCUCUGUUGCAUUAUGCAGUUUUCAGAUUAAAGACAAAAUGAUUGUAAUUCUGUGGGCUGCUGGUGCUGCUCAGGCACUGAAAUGUUUCCAUGCUGGAGUGUUGCAGCCCAUGUAGAGUCUGUUUUUCCUUGCUCAUUAAAUUUAACAAGGUAAUUUCUUGUUUUCUCUUUACUUAGUGCUUUUGUGAUCUAGUGUUGAACUGAUUUGACUGAUUAAAGGGAUUAAUUGCUGUGCAAAAAGCUAAUGAGGAAAAGGCAGUGUUCUCCAGAGAUUGCAAGUGCAGCAAUAUGUUCCCUGCCAGCAUCAGACAAGAAUGUGGAAAAAAAUGUGGUUGUUAUGAAGAUACCUGGUGUUUAAUUCAACCACAUUUUGGGUAGGCCUCGUCCAAAAAAAACCCACCAAGAUCUCUGGACAUAAUUGAGUUUUGGAUGAGAAUUUUGAUAGGCACAGCUAUUUCAUAUUUAACACUUUUUUUGUGAUAAAUCCUGUUCAAGGUGCAGGAGUGAAGGUUGUCCUGUUCCCUGGGCUUUGAGCUGCUUUUGCACAUCUGGGAGUACCAAGUUUUGUAUUUUCAUUCCUGCUUUUGCAAGGAAAUGCUCCAAUUCUUUACCUGUUCAUUUGGUUAAACAACAUUAAUAAAAGUUUCCAAGGUUA